AUGGCUCAAUACCGCGACAGCAUAGUCGCCUGCACCGUCAUCCUCCUCAUCGCCAACACCGUUGCGGUGGCGGCCCGCGUGUACUCGCGGCUGCGCAUAACAGAAUCGUUUGGCGCCGACGAUGCGAUGCUGUGUUUGACUUAUGUGGGCUACAUCCUGCUGUGCGGCAUGAGCUUCACGGCCUUGCACUACGGCUAUGCAGCCGAGGACGACACACCGUACUCGACCCUGCAGCCAUACUAUAAUCCCGAAAAGGCAAAGCAGUUCUACUUUGCCAACCAACUAGUCAUCUACAUCGAUUCCGGUCUUAUUAAGCUCGCCGUGGCGCUUGUACUCAUGCGCAUCGCCACCACAAAGGCUAUGCGAUGGCUUCUCAUCGGAUCCAUGGGCGUCGUCGUUGUUUGGACCACCGUCAUGACCAUCUACUCGUCCUACCUCUGUGCCAAGGCCGGCACCAGCAAUUACGCCGGGUCCAGAACGUGCAAUAUUGUUGGGUAUUUUCGUACAACUACCAAUAUCCUGAUUGACUAUUUUUAUGCCCUGCUACCGAUCUAUAUCCUUUGGAAUGUCAAGAUGCGGUUGCUCUUGAAGUUGAGCGUUGUGUUUCUGCUAGGACUGGGCAUUUUUGCCAGCGCCUCCACCAUUGUCAAGCUCAUCAUCAUUAUCCGCCUCAACCACGCCCGUGGCGAUGAAGCCGAACACCUGCAUUACCAGCUCCUCCUCUGGGCCGACGCCGAGACGGGGCUGGCCAUCCUGGCCGCCUCGCUGGCCGCCGUGCGCCCGCUGCUGGCCAAGCUUCGCAUCCCCGGCCUGACCAAACACAGCACGAACCGGUCGUCGUUGGCCCGCAAACCUCAAGUCAACGACAGCGAUGCGAUGGGGCCAUACAGGGAGAUUCACGAUGGGAACCCAUUAGUGCAGAGCGGAACGAAUGCGAGCAAGAGCCAUGUCCAUCACCACGAGGUGACUGACAUUGAGAGUCUUGAGAUGCGGCCGUUGGAGUCGGGGACCCUUGGGGUCGGGCAGCAUGGGAGUAGGGGCGAACCAUGA